AGAAGUAGCAUGGCAAAAUCAGAGGAUCAUAUCAAAAGCAGCAAAAAGACCUCUGAAUCCCACCCCUUGUGCAUAAUAAUAUUUGGGCAUCCUAGGAUCUGAGAAACUGAGAUUGGGAGGGGUGAAUUCCCUGUGGAGAACAGGAUUGGGAUCUGGCAACCUAAUCCAUCUAGCUUUAAUCUUGUCCUUUUCAAGAGGAAAACAAACAAACUUUUGAUCUUCUGUAUAGGUCAAGAGGGAAAGAAAGGCUAGAAAUUGAGAACUUGAUCUUUUCACUCUGCGUGCAAGUACAUAUCCCAUUUACUCAUGGGUUCACAAGCUGCAAGUUGGACAUUAAAGGCAAUUUAUCCAAAAGAGAAAAAUCCGAUCUGAUGGUACAAUAAAAUGCAGGUGCAAGGAAAUGUGCAUUUUUUUGACUUUGACAUAAAAUGGGCUGAGUUAUUUUCCAGUCCUAGAAUAAGUUUAUUCUGCAUAAUAAAGAGUCUGUGUCCAUCUUAGUAAAUGUGUAACUGCAGACCACCCAAACAUACUGGGUCUGGUUAAAGGUUAUAUAUUGAUCUGUAGACUCUUCUAUGAAUCCAGUGUUAAGCCAUACUCAAGUUUUAUCGGGUCCUAUCUGGCCUGGUCUAACUCCUUUCAGCCUCCCAGUUUGUGGUGCAAAGUGGCUUCGGGCAGUGUCACUGGAGACAUUCAGAAAGGGCAUAAAUCCACCUGCAAUCACAACACAGCCCUCCAGGAGCAAAAAGGUGCUGUGAGGAGCCUGCCUGUCGUCAGAGGGGGAGAUUCAGACAAGGACAGAGCCUAACGCUGCGGAGGCAGUUUUUCGACAUGAAGCUGGCAGCAAAUCUUGUCUGUUUGUUCACGUGCCUCACAGCAGUGGCUUGUGACCGCGUCUAUGUCCAUCCCUUCAAUUUGUUUUCUUUUAAGGAGAGUACCUGCAAGGAGCUGGAGAACUUGGUCCAGGAGCAGAAGAAGACAUUUGUCCCCGUAUCGAUUGAGUCCCAAACCACACCUGCCUAUGAACAUGACCUGAACGACAAAGUCAAGCUGGAAACCAUAAGCUUGAGCAUCAACGAGAGGCAGAAACUGAGCUACCUGAAGGACUUUGUGUAUGUCCUCGGGACGCGGUUUUACAGUGAGCUAAGGGAAGCACAGAGGGGCCAAAACCUCCUCCUGCCUCCAACCAGUAUCUAUGGCUCCUUGGUGUCCUUCUACCUAGGUGCAUCAAACCAGACAGCAACUGAUUUGCAGGGUUUGCUGGGAUUUGUUGCUCCUUCCGGAGAUUCCAACUGCACCUCCAGAGUGGAUGGACACAACAUCCUUUCAACCCUGAGGACUAUCGAAAGCCUCCUGGUCAAGAACAGGGACGAGGAGUUGCUCUAUUCCAAGACACUCUACCUGUUCUUUGCCCCCGGGGUGCCUUUGUUCGAAUCAUUUCUGCGCGACCUGAUCCCCUCCGCUGAGGCGCUCUACGUCCGAGCCGUCGAUUUUACAAAUCCAGGUGAGGCAGCAAAACAGAUAAACGCCUUUGUGGAGGCCAAAAGCGAGGGCCGAAGCAAGCAGUUACUGACAGACCUCGAUCCAGCCACCAGCCUGCUGUUUGCAGCGGACAUUCACUUGGCAGUCAGUGUUAAGAAAGCCUCACGGCUGAAAAAGCCUCAUGAAUUCUGGGUUGAUUCGAACACAAAGGUCUUGGUGCCUGGGAUGUCAGUGACGGGGACAUUCAAGUACAAAACUGACACCAGCAAGACCUUCGCUGUGACUGAAGCUCCCAUCAGCAAGAACGCUCUGCUAGUGCUGGUGCAGCCCAUUGAUGGCAACAGCCUGGACAAGAUAGAAGCUGAGCUUCCUUUGCAAUCCUCUGCCUGGCUUCAGGAUCUGUCACCAAGACAAAUUAAAUUAACUUUGCCAGAGUUAACAAUAGAAGGCAGCUCUGAUCUUCAGGAACUUCUUACAGAUAUGAAACUGCCUGCAUUGCUGGGGAAGGAAGCAAAUCUCAGUAAAAUAAGCAAUGCCAAUCUAACUGUUAGAAAGAUAAUAAAUAAAGCCCUUUUCAAACUCAACAGUGAUGGAGCAGAUCAACCAGAAGACCCUGCAAUGCACAAGGAAGAUUCGGUGUUUCUGGAAGUAACGCUGAACAAGCCAUUCCUUUUAGCCAUUUUUAAAGAGAAGUCUAAGGCAAUGCUUUUCCUAGGCAGAGUAACAAACCCACUGAGCAGGGUUUAAAGGCAAGCACUGAAAAGGGUGGGUGAGGGGGAAAUAAAUGAUGCAUACGCUGUUUCCCAUCACCUCGUUUGUAUUCAUCAACUAUUUUUAUGAUUUUGUUGAGUACUUAGCUUUGAGAUAAGGCAGACAGUAUUUGAAAUAUAGCUCCUUAAAAGCUACAAAAUUGUCUACAACGUUACAUCUUUUUUCACCUAUUUAAAGUGAGAUGACUCAAACUUUCUCCAUCUUCUCUUCUUUCCCAUCUUCCCACUUUCUCUCCUUUCUCUUACUAGUUCCUUUUUUAAGGUAGCGAGUACAAAACAGUAGUCAGCAAGACACUGACUUUAAAAAAUAAAAUUCUAUGAAGGGCAAGCAGCAUUUACUACAGAAAGGUACGAAAAAGGACCUAUUUAUUCUAUAAGAGGUCACUUUUAACUUUUAGUUUGGUCAGUUUUGCAGGAGAGACCCCAUUUUAAGUUACAGGGAAAUUUUUACAGUUAUCAACAAAGAUUUCUAGCUUGCUCAGCAACAUUUUCCUUUAAAAUGCUGCCAACAACAUGAGCAGGCUUUACUUGUCCCACUAACAAAAGAUUUUGCCUUAGAAGUAAAAACACAUUUGUAGAAAGUUUUUUCUUUCUGUAGCCUAAAUAGAUAUGCCUAUUUAACUCUAUGGAAAAGCUAAAAAUAGGGCUCAGCAACACUAAUGAACUGCAAUGGAGAAAUUCUCAUACCCUGAUAGAAUUACUGGGUUUUUUUUUGAAAAAAAUAAGGCCUACUAUUUCAACACUAUUUCAUUACUUUGUAAGCAUUUAUUACAGCCUCAUAAUGAAAGAGAACAUUGCUGGUUAGAGCCCGGAUCUGAAAUCCUUAACACAUCCAAAUCAUGUGUUCUUAAAAAAUAGUAUUAUUGGAGUUAUCUGUACUAAUAAUCUGUAAUAAUGUACUAAUCUGUACUACACAAGUAAAAAAGGUUUCCAAGGUCCAAUCCUAUUCUUAGUCAUAAAUGUUUAGAAUUUUAAACUGAAACAACAGACUAUCAGACUUGGAUUUUGAAUCAGGAAGAGAACUGGGAAUGAAAUCUUGGUACUAGGAAAGCCUACGGGAGCUUUGCCUUUGGUUUCAAUGGAGCAAGGAUUUCUACCCACCUUUAUAGACUUGUCUUUAGCGAUGAUGGCAUUCAGACAGUAACUGUAAACCUCUUUGGUGUGGUAGCUCAUUGUCAUCCAUAGUAGCCCAAAUUUCUAACCAACUCAAAAUCACUAAUGGUGGUAGCAUCCUAUCAGUGGUGUAGAUCCAUGACAGAUCCUCCCACCUCAAUGGAAAAGGAUGAAUAGCACAACCCACUCCUGGGCAUACUAGGAUUUCAAAGGCUAUGAUGUAGCACCCAUAUGUUUAUCUGAUUAUACUGUAUGUAUUCUAGAUGCUCUAACAUCUAAAUAUGGUGCUUGUGUUGUACACAGAAGCAGUUUAACUGUAAAUGUGCAGAACAGGAAAAAUGCAAAUAAAAAUACUCACAAAUUGCUUUAACACA